AUGGACUCAUCGUCCGCUGCACCUCCCGCGUAUGUGGAAAACGCGUCCGAUCCUUACUGGAAGAUCAGAAACACAAAGUACAGCUCUGUCUUUGUAACAAAGGGUCCACCAAACGUGGAAGACUAUCGGACUCACGCAAAGCACAUUAAAAACUCGUUCUUAGAACGUGGCGUUAAUCCUGGCUCUUCUGCUUCUGGUAUCAGCCGUUUUGUUGAAGUCCAAUCGAGCCAAGCCUUCUCGAACAUUGAACGGCUCAUACACGAAUACCAAAAUGUCCUACAUACCAUCGAACCACUAAAUGAAGAGGAUGUUCUCUUUCUUCUUCUCAGCCGAUACUCGCAGUCCUCUGGAGCUUGCGUAUAUAUGGAAAUUAAAAGGCCAGGUGAAGUUCAGAUCUUCGAUUCAGCAAUAGUUGAGCCUCCACACAUGUCGUCUAUACAAGAGCACAUGGCGUGCGCACCUGGCAUGAUCACCGCGGAGUUGCACGAGCCCCUGCUUGAAGAUAGCAUGACGGACGUUCCAUACAAUCCAGUCCCCCAAACGCCAUCUGCUGCUGAGUUUGAUUUUGCUGUAAGCAUUAACUUUCCGGAGAUGCUCAUGGUAACACCCACUGCAACCCCAGAAUCCACCUCUACUACGGAUGAUCCUCCCACGUACACAGAUACCCCGACGGCGGGUGGGGGCUUUUUGCCGGCUAAGCUGCAACCACCAGCGUUCUCUGUGCAUCGAUGUCAUCACCGAGGCAUGGACCGUCGUGGUGAAGAGGAUGCUUUCGAGCUGCCAUUUGGAUUUCCAGAAGUCAUUCAGCAUUUGCAUACUAUUCCAUCCCAUUGUUAUCACACGGGCUUCCAUAUUCAAGACAAAAGCUAUGAAUCCAUGCCCUGCCACGAAGGAGGCGUUGAAGCUUUUGAGUGUCACAUAACAGCUUCUGAAGCUUGGGUGUACAUCACAGUGGAACGAGAAGGAGCAAUCCUUGUAUAUGAUUGCUACCGCGACCAAGAGGUAAACCUUUCCCAGCUCUCUUAG